AUUUGACGUCUCUAAUUGACAGCCAUUGCUGCAGCCAGCGCAUCUCAGCAUGGACUUCAACAUGGAGCCGGCAGACUGGGAUUACUUCAGCAGCAUCGGUUCCUCCUGCUCGAGGGGCGCUGAUGCACCGGCGUUCAGUAGUACUCCUGUCUCUGAAGCCGUACACGCCAGGUCUCUCCCAAGUGUCUCCCAAAUCCCUACGCCUCCCCCUUCAGAAGGAAGUCCGGAGCCCUCGAGCAGCUCUCAGGAUACCGCGCAGCCCGACGCCGUCACCGUCGCUGUCUCGACCGCCUUCUUCCCUGGCUCGCAGAUCGACCCAUUACCCUCCGAUCUCAUCCUCGCCUCCUCGGACCUCGUCUUCUUUUACGUCCACUCGCAUCGACUGCUCAGCAGUUCCUCGAAUAAAUUCAAUGGGCUCUUGGGGAUGACUGAUCACGGGGGCGGGGCUGGCACGCACGCCUUUGACAACGUCAGUGGCAUCCCUCUGGUCUCCGUCCCAGAGUCGUCUACGGUCCUCAAUGUGCUGCUGCACGUACUCUAUCACCUUCCCUUCUCCCAUUAUUCUCCGACCACCGACACCCUGGUCGCUACCAUUUCGGCCCUGCGCACGUACGGGGCGCAGGCGAAAGAGUACGUAGCCCCGGGCACACAUAUGUUCCAGAUGCUGCUGCUGCACGCGCCGCUCAACCCGCUCGAAAUCUACACCCUGGCCGCUGCCCACGAUCUCUACGAGCUCGCCGUGGCCGCGUCCGCGCACCUGCUCUCCCUCCAGCCGUUCAAGAUCACGGACGAGAUGGCCGAGCGCAUGGGCGCGGUGUACCUGAAGCGGCUGUUCUUCCUGUACCUGGGCCGCAUCGACGCGCUCAAGCGCAUCCUGACCGCCCCGCCCGUCGCGCACGAGCCGACGCUCUCGUGCAACUUUAUGCAGCAGAAGGAGAUGGUGCGCGCGUGGGCGCUGGCCGCGGCGUACCUCGCCUGGGACGCCAAGCCUGAUCUACCGAUCAGUACUAUCAGACAAACUAUGCAGCCUCUGGCUGACAAGUUAGCUUGCGACCUCUGCCGGCAGGCCAUGCUGGAUCGGAUCAAGGAUAUGAUCAUUCAGUGGUCGGCCGUCAAGGCUACUAUCUGAAUUCUCGGAAUGACACGUUCGCCCGUUGGUACCCCCCCGAUUAAAGUCGAAAAAAAUGAUCCACGAUGAUUGCCACCUGUUUUCCCUUUCCUGCCCAACUGCCCUCUAUCACACGCAGCAACCCGCUGGUUCUUAUCUUGCGUCGCGUUUUGCCUAUAGCUGUACCAAUUGUACUUUUAGUUUCCUGUGAAUGUACUUUCAAUGUAUAUCUUUCCCUUUUGCCUUGACGCAAUCCCCUCUAUUCCCUCAUCACCCGCGUUUCACCAAGCCAGGCG